AUGUCGACGUUCGGAACUUACUUCAGAGUUACCACCUACGGAGAGAGUCACUGCAAAUCAGUAGGAUGUAUUGUUGAUGGUGUACCUCCAGGAAUGGCUCUUACUGAGGAUGACAUCCAACCACAAUUAAGCAGAAGAAGACCUGGUCAGAGUAAGCUGAGUACUCCCCGAUCUGAGGCAGAUGCUGUCGAGAUUCAGUCUGGUACUGAGUUUGGUAAAACUUUAGGUACAUCUAUCGGAAUGAUUGUUAGAAAUAAAGAUCAAAGACCUCAUGAUUAUUCUGAGACUGAUGUUUACCCUCGUCCCUCCCAUGCCGAUUACACCUAUCUAACUAAAUAUGGUAUCAAGGCAUCUUCUGGUGGAGGACGUUCAUCUGCUCGUGAAACUAUUGGUAGAGUUGCUGCUGGUGCGAUCGCUGAGAAAUUUCUCAAGUUAGCCAAUGGAGUUGAGAUUGUUGCAUUCGUUAGCGGUGUGGGCUCGGUCGCUGUUGACCGUGAUCCCACAUCCAAGAAGUUCCAUGAAUUAUUAUCUACUGUCACCAGAGAACAAGUUGAUCAGGCUGGUCCAAUUAGAUGUCCGGAUCCAGAAGUGGCUGACAAAAUGGUCAAGAUUAUCGAAGAUCAUCGUGACUCUAAAGAUUCCAUCGGUGGUGUCGUGACCUGCGUUGUCCGUAAUCUCCCAGUUGGCUUGGGUGAGCCUGUUUUCGAUAAACUAGAAGCCCUUCUGGCUCAUGCUAUGCUUUCUAUUCCAGCCACCAAGGGUUUUGAGAUUGGCUCGGGCUUCGCCGGUACUAGUAUUUCUGGUUCUGAGCACAAUGAUCCUUUCUAUGUCGAUGACAACGGUCGCUUCAGAACUUCAACUAACUAUUCUGGCGGUAUCCAGGGUGGAAUCUCUAAUGGUGAAAAUAUUUACUUUAAUGUGGCCUUUAAGUCACCAGCUACCAUCAGCCAACAACAACAAACCAGUUCUUAUGAUGGUGUAGCCGGUGUUCUAGAAGCUCGGGGCCGUCAUGAUCCCAAUGUCGUUCCUCGUGCUAUUCCAAUUGUAGAGGCAAUGACUGCUCUGGUUCUAGCCGAUACUCUCCUCCUGCAAAAGGCACGCGAAGCUUCUAUGAGCAUUGUUAAUCCCAAAUAA